AUGGUGACUGGGGGCCGCCGUGGCCAGGCAGCGGCCGCUGACCACGCCGCCGACCACGCCGCCCUGGGCCUGGACGCCACCCUCGUGGCAGGGGCAGGGGUGCAUGACCUGGCUGGAGACCGCUGCCGUGGGAACCGUCAGAAAACCCCAGUGUCCCUCGCCCUGGUGCCACAGGGAGACCGAGGCACAGGGCGGGGCCAGGCCUCGGGCACCUACGAGGGGCCCUGCCUGGCCGGGGUCCUGCCGCCGCCCGGCCUGGCCCCGCCCUUGGGCGGGGGCCCGCGAGGCCCGGGACACGGCCACAGACACACACUUGUGAGCCGCCGUGUUGGCCUCAUCCCACCCCGAGACCCUUCAGGGCCAGACGCCCGGAUAGACCAAGACCCGGCCAGUGAGUCUCCCGGCCUCGGUCUCCCCAGUGAUGCAGCCCCUGUGGUGGGCCGGGCACGAGACCAUGUAUCUGAGGACGGGGCCGGGCGGGCCGACGGACUCACGGAGGCCACGGCGGACGUGCCUCCCGCCUGCGGCCCGCAGACCUUCCAGCACAGACGGCCGGCCACCUGCAGUGCCCGAGGGACACCUCGCUACCAGCCCGAGGCCUGCGGCAGCACAGGCCACCCAGCUGGUGACCGGCCAGAGAGGAAGGGGCAGCUGGGGCCAGGCCUCCGACCCCCCGGCUGCCCGGCCCUGCCGGGAGCACGUCUGGCCAAGAGGAAGCUUCUGAGACCCCCACUUCCUGCACCUCAGAGCGGGCUGGGCUGGGGCCGCCCACUUCCCUCCAGAGCCCCCAGCCCUGCUCGCGACUCCUCCAACCCGGCCCUGAAGCCCCACAACCCCCAGCCGCGUGCUUCCUGGGGCGGAGGGACGUCUGGGUCUGGCCUGGACUGGCAGAGGCAGGGCAGGACCGAGGCCCACACGGGGCAGGAAGUGGCCCUGGGCUCCAGCGGGGAUGGGGUGGCCUCCGAGGGGCCAUUUCCUCCCUGGGAACAUCCUGCCAGGCGGCAGGGGGCAGAGGGCUCAGGAAGGGCCUGGGGCUGCCUGUCCCCUCGGGCAGGGCCCCGGGAGGUCCCGGGAGGGGAUGACCUCACAGACAUCAGAGCCUCUGGAGCUGAAAGGCCAGCCGGGCCUCCCCACCCCCGACCUGGAGCGCCUGCCCCCUCCCCCCGCCUGGGGCCGGGCUCCCCACGUUUCCGACGCCGCCAGCCUUACGCUCCCACGGCCGGGAGCGCCUGCCGGAAACACGGCGGAGCCCGGGGCCCCGGCCUGUGCGCGGCUGUGGACCAAGGGCCCGCCGGCAGCCACCCGCUCCUCAGAGCUCAGCCCGAGCCACCAGGCUGGGCCCGGGCAGGCGGCCCAGCCCAGCUGCCCUGCACGGGGCCCCAGGAGGGGCUCGGCAGCCCGGUGUCCACCCCCCACGGCCUAAAUAUAACCUGA